UAUUAGUGACGGGGGGGGUGGUACCUAUUCGACAGGCAACGCCCGGCCUGGUGACGUCUCUCUGUGCCCGCGCACGCCAGUGGCCAUGCUGCCAGCGCCUCGCGCUCUGGGUGUCUGGGAACCACCCCCCCGAGCCUGCCUUUGGAAAAGCGUCUGUAUGUGAGAAAGACAGGCCCUUGUCAUCAAAGUCAUUCUCCCCUGGAGUUAAUAUGGUCAGCGUGGGAAUUGGCACAAGGCCAGGCCUAGCAAGAGGAGCCAGCUCAGGAUUGAGAUCUGACACUGAGACAGAUGAGACCAUCCUGCAGAGGAGACAGAAGCAGAUAGACUAUGGAAAGAAUACUGUUGGCUACCAGCACUUCCUACAACAGGUCCCCAAGGCCGCUCGGCAGCCAGGGAUUCACCCCCGAACUCCAAAUAAGUACAAGAUAUAUAGCCGCCGCUCCUGGGACAUGCAAGUCAAGCUGUGGAGACGGGCAUUGCAUGCCUGGGACCCACCAACCCAGCAGCUUCUCCUGUGUGAACAAAGACUUCCAAGUCAGGAGCUGGUGAGUCUCUCAGGAAUGAUGGAGACAAACUCUUUGUGCGGCUUCUCAGAAGACUGGCCUGGUGCCCUGAGGCCUCUUGAAAAUCUGCCAGGAGACACACUGGGCAGACAGUUUGCUGGCCUGUCAUCUCCUGGCUGCUCCUCUCCUUGGCUGCCCCAGGUCCACUCCAACUUGCUGCCCUUCCUAGGAAACGCACACACCUGCCCAUACUGCUCUUGGAUGGGGCUAUGAGGAGAGUCCAGAGCAUUUUCUGCCUCUGAAAUGACAGCAUUUGGGGAGUGAGAAGAGCUCAGGCAUCAAGUUACAUACAAGCCCGUCUGCAAGGCUCUCCUGAGCCCAUGGAGGACAUGAGAUUAUCCUGAAGCUUGCCCCUGGGACUGAAAGGGGACUUGGUGUUAGUGUUGAGGCUUGGAGCUGAGCAUCAGACCACUUACAGCAGCUAUCUCUGUUUGUGCAUUGUGUAUCUCCUCCCAUAGCCCAACUUCCAAUGGUAUAGAGAGAGUUUCUGUCACCUGAGUACCUGUAAUGCCAGCAUGCAUAGGACUAAUUCUUUCUGCUUCCCUUCAGGAAUCUGUUUGGUCUCUUGUAUUCCAGGGAGAUCUAUAUAGAAGGGGUUGGAAAAAUGGAAACAGGUUAAUAAAAUUUACCAAAAGACUCU